AUGGGAGACUCACAAAAAACAACAACAGUAGGAACGAAACGCGAAAAUGAUGACCAGACGCUUCUAAAUAACAACAAAAAGCAAAAGAAAGAAACAGAUACUAUACCUAUUCUUCGUGGACGUUUCAAGCAACGAUGGUUAACUAAACAUUCCCACCUUCUUAAGCGUUCUGACGACGCAUGUGGUAUAUUGGUUUCCUGUAAUGUCAAUGCCGAAACACGUGCUCUUGGUCAAGUAUCGACAUGCUUAGAGCAAUAUAUCGUUAAACUAUUCCCUGAACACGAAACAACUUGGGUUCGAUUUGAGGGGAAAUUGGAUAUUGACGAAAUCGAUUUCGAAAACGACGACGAUGACGAAAAACUAGCGAGCAAUAAUAACGAUGAUAAAGACGGUGAUGAAGAAAAAAUGAAGAAGAAAGAAAACGAAGAAAAGCAAAAGAAAUUGAUUAUUGAAAGUCGUAAGGAGAAGAAAUUUCAAGCUGUCGAUGCCGCCUGCGGUGGCCUGGUGUUUUACAGGUUCAGAAUCAACGUGAAACCCACUGACUUUGUCCUUAAACUGAUGGAUUACCUUAAACAACUACCAGAUGAAGAGCGUAAGGCAGAGCUAGCGAAAUUACGACAUUGUGCUCGUUGGAUACCCUUAGAUUACAUUUGCCCCGCAACUACAGAGCGUAUCAUAUCAUGUUUCGAGAGAGUAAAGAAAGACUACUUCCAGAAUAACGAAAUUGAUACAACAGAGACGGUAGCGAUCAUCACCGAGAUACGGAACAAUAUAUUGAUUACAAAAGAAGAAAUUAUCAAUGCUAUUGCGCCCAUGAUACCACCUCAGUAUAAGGUUGAUUUGAAGAAACCUACUUACGUUAUAUUGGUCACAGUAUUUAAAAGCGCAUGCGGGAUAACGGUUUUAAAAGAUUAUUAUGAAAGGAAGAAAUACAAUUUAUUGUUAUAUUGUCAAUAA